AUGUAUGCGGACCUGGAUGAAAGCAAACAAUCUUUAACAAUCAUAUCACCAGAAUAUACAGAGACUUCUCAUGACGUCUACCUGAAUAUCCACUAUGUGGUGAUUGCACCAGGAGAUAGCAAAGUCCACGUUGCCUACGACACGCUUGCCAUUGGUGCCGGUGUCGACUUGAGUGUUUACGAUGGCAUUUUUACCAAGAAGCUGAUAUCCAACUUCAGUGGUUUUGAAGCUACGCCUCAAAAUGUAGCCAGCAUGUGUGGAGGUGUAUUAACACUAGGCGAGACCCUUCCAAAGAUCACCUUCACCACACCACUGUACAACUACCAUAACUCCAAAGACCUCUACAUGGACUGUUUCAUGUUCUUCAGAAGUCCUGCUGGAAAGCAAGUGAAACUGACCAUUACUCGCAUGGUAACAGUGAACGAAAUAAUCACUAUCUUCAACCACCCGUCCUCUUCCAGCUCCUUACACCGUGUCAACACCCUGUCUGGGAUAAUGGACUCGCCACUUCAGGUCAUCUCCUCAAGGGGUGGAUUGACCCUGAUAUUUGAUGACAGAGUAUUUGGACUGAACGGACCUGGAAUAGAGGGUGAUCUUCAAAUCUUGGAUUCCGUACCAUCAGAUGAGCCAGGAUUCUGUGGCGGUGUGGUUACAUUGUCAGAGAGAUCACCCGUGUUCACAUUCUCCACACCUCACUACAACAACCCUGCUUCUUCUGACAUCUACAUGGCCUGCCGGAUGUACUUCACAUGUCCCCAAGGACACCAGGUUCAAUUCAACAUUCAGGGUAUGGAAACCAAGUCAGAUGCGAACAAUGGCGUCACAAUCUACGACCACCCAUCCUCGACAAGCAAUACCUACAUGGCCGCUCAUCUGUCUGGUGUUCAGCCAGAUACUCACCAGUACUACAUAUCCUCUCGUGCAGGGUUUACUAUCACUUACGAUGAUAUUGAUGCAGUUGAUGACAAUGGAAAAGGAAUGCUUGCUGAAGCUCGGAUAGUUGAUGGAAUACAAUCGGGACAAACAAUAUCAUGUGGUGGGACCAUACCAUUAGAUGAUGAGCUUCCCCUUGUAUUCUUUUCGACACCCACCUUUCACCACCCUCUCAACAUCGAUGCAGACAACGACUGUGUGGUUUACAUAACAAGCACACCAGGCAAACAAGUUCAACUGACAUUGAAUCAAGUGGCGACAACACCUAAUGAAGUAAUCAAAGUUUACGAUCAUCCGACGGAUUCCAGAGACCGGAAUCUUGUACUUAAGGCCCAGGGAACUCUAACACAGAAAGUAUCGGUGUAUUCAACAAGUGGAGGAUUGAUUUUGACUUACACGGAUAGUAGCACAGGACUCAAUGGCCCAGGUUUUCUUGCAGAAGCUUUUCUAUUAGAUGAAGUUGCGACUUAUCAGAGUGCAUCAUGUGGGGGAUCAGUGAUUCUCAGCGAUUCCUUCCCAAGGGUGUACGCAACUACUCCAUUCUUUUACCAUUCACCCCAUGCGGACAUGGUCAUUGAAUGUCGAUGGUAUCUGAUCAGCCAAUCAAACCAACAAAUAAAUCUCACUCUCAAAGACAUCGACAUGAGGAAUGAAGUCCUCAGUAUCUACGAUCAUCCAACCUUGAUGAUCAAUCAAGUGGGUACUGUGGCACAAACUACAGAUGAAGUUUCUCUAAAGUCAGAACAGAGAGGGUUCAUUAUGGAUUUUGCGGAUGAGUCCCCUACAGAAAAUGGACGUGGGUUCUUUUUUUAUGCGAGAUUAGAAGGUACUGAAGGAAAUAUUACAAUACCUGAUGAACCUAUACAGAGCACAAUACCAAACGAACCUAUACAAACAACAGCCAUUACCACAUCAAAACCAAACACUUCUCCUGACUUGCCAUCAUCACCAAAAUCAUGAACAGGAAAGCGAGUCCAUGUCAUUUCAGUCACUGUCAUCGUAUUCGCUGUGGCUAUACUCUUUACCGUUGUUGUGUUGGUGGUGAUCUAUAGACGAAGAGGUCAUCAUGACUCAGACACAAUGGAACAAACGGAGGACAGUGCAAACAAUAUUAUGGCAACACCAGACAAAACGGGCAAAGAUUUAGGUACAUCCAACGAAGUGGAUCCCAGCUAUACAGAACUGAAUGAUAUGAAUGAUACUGCUCAGCAUCAAAAUAUAUAGUCACCAUGAUGAUGAGAAUUGUGAUGCCCUGUGAACACGAAUCAACCAGCAAAAUUUUGGAGAAAAUUUGAACUUGCAAGAAUGACCUUGAUACCUAUGACUUUCCAGUAUCAGCUCGACACUUUCUGAAGUUUCCAAAUAAAGCCUAAUUCAUCACCUUAUUUCAUACAAUAUGUUAAAUUGUUUUUAAGCAACUGUACAAACAUCUCAAAUGAACUCAGAUCAUUAUAGGUCUGAUUAUAAGAGCCUUCCUUGGAUUACCAUUACAGAUUUUUUUUUCUUUGAAUUUGCUUCAAAACUUUUGAUCAUGAGCAAAAGAUUUGUGAUGUGCUCAUGAAUACAUUUGGGGGCAUUAGCAAUGCUUACAGAUCUAGAUAUUUAGAAUGCUCUUCAAAAUAUACAGGAAUACUAGGAGUAUUUCCAUUCCAACUGCAUCCCUGCUAAUUCCACCUCUAGUACUACAAAAAUAUUACAUGCAGGCUUGCAGUUGUGAACAUUUUGUAAGCCAAAUUACAAAAUAUAUGAAAAUGCGGAUAAUGAAUAAUCAUAAAUUCUUUUUGUUUAAUUCAAAGAAGGAAAUCUUUUUCAAUGACAUCAGUAUAAUAGAAUGAUAAUAUCUGUAUACUUAUCAGCACAAAGCCAGAUUCUCAAUGGACCUCUCACCAAAUAAGUGUACAGAGUUUGGAAUACGAGGGGGUUUGAACUAUAAUUUGUAAAAUAAAUCUAUGGUUUAAAAGGGUUUUCAUUUCAAUCAUGAUUGACAAAUUAUUUUAACCAUAUCAAUUACAGAUUUCAAUUGAUUCAAUUCUGUGUUUAAAAAAGAAUUUAUCUUUUAAUGUCUAUCAGUUAUCAAUGUUAUUAUCAGUUGCAGAGAGACCACUUUAAAACAUGCAUUUGGCAUCAUAUUACGUGUUUUGCAGAACUGAUUAUGUGAUGUAUAUAGGCCUUCACAAAAUUUUGUUUAAAUCCUUAAAUAAAAUGAAAUUCAGACAGGACGGAUACCAAGUUAAAUUCCAGGUUUGCUCACAUUAUAUGAAAGAAGUAUACAAAUUGCCAUUUGCUAAUAACUUUAAUCCACAAACAUAAUUAAAACCAAGGAGAAAUGAUAAUUUGGUACUUAGUUAAUUUAUUUGCUUCAUAAGCAUAAUUUAUAAACAUAAUUGUUUUCAUGUAUGUACAUACAGACAGGUGAUACAAAUGUACACAUAAGUUAUUGACAUUAUUGUCAUCAUUAAAGGCAAUAUAUCAAGUAUGAGUUUGUAUAUUACACCUUACCUCAGUUUCAUAACAACUGAAUGUAAACAGUUAAUACCACGAACUACCAACAAAUGUUAUAAGACCAUCAAAUGAAUUCUGUAGCUUGAAGUGUUACUCAUUUAAAUUGUUACUACUAAUUUAUUUUCAUAAUUAAUAUGACUGUAUUUCUAUGGUAACUCAUUUGGAAAACCAAUUAAUAACCUAUUAAAAAAAGAACUACGGUAUUAAUUCAGAUACAAUAUAUUGCAUAGCACAUGUUUAUAUACAGGCUUUUUAUUAUCGUAGGAUAUAUAUGUUUUUAUUUGUUCAUAUUUUAUUAAUGGGAGAGGGUUAACAAUAAAACCAAGUAUAUACUGAUUAAGUACAUGAGCUAAAUUAGUAAAGAGUCACCUGAAUCAGGUGAGCAUCGUUUAAAACCAAAUCUGAGUGUAAAUUGUUUUGAGAAGCCUGUUUUAUUUAUUUUUUCCUACAUGUAUGAUGUAUAGCCUAGAGGCAGAUGGAAUGUCUGUCAUUGACUGUGCAAUCAUAAUGAACUUGGAAUACUCUUUUCCCUGGGUGUAAUCUCAAAAUCAUGUCGCUUUUUUAAGUCACUGCAUUAAUAUCAAUCGUACUCAUCUCUGAAUGAAAUCAGACUUUUGUGCUUUAAAUAACAAAAUAGUGAUUUGAUUGGACUAAUUUGUGGUAUAAACAAUCUCAAAUAUUCUCAAUUUAUUAAAAGAAAUUUUGUAUUUUAUGUAUUUUGUUAUCAAUUUCUUACAAUUUAUUUGCAAUUUAAACCUUUGUAUUUCUGUAAUCUUUCUUAAUUGAGAGUCACAUAUUUUUUAGCAUUUUUCUUUCAGCCUGCAGUAAAAUAAUUACUGUGUUAAUUAGCACAUGGCCAAUAUCAAUUCUUCAUACUCAAGGAUUUUACAAUCUGCUCCAACUUCCAACAUGAUUAUAUCAUAUUCAUUGUAGGGGGGAAUGUCAGUAUGGGGGAAUUUUUAAUCCUUUACAUUCCAAAUUUAAUUGUGUAUUGAAUUGUAAUUUAGAAAUUUAUAAGGGCUAUUUUGGACAUUUGGGGGCAAAAUUACUCUCAAGACCAAUGUAUACGUAUCCUUUUCCGCUCUAUCAAUAAUUUGUGAACAUUGAACAACUAAUGCAAAAUGAAUCUCUUGACCGAUGUCACUGGCAAAAGCUUUCUUUGGAGCUAUAGUUAGAAAUUACUUUGAAAUGAGAUUAAAGAACCUACCUUUUAUGGCCAGAAAUAAAGAUAGUUCUUGAUUUUGUGACCUGGAUAUUUCGUCUCAUGACUU